AUGACACGGGCGCAGUUGGUCCACGAGUGGGCCUCAAAAGUCUCGAGCCCUGAGGAGCUCACUCUGUGUAUCCAAAACAUACCAAGGCACUGCACGCGGGCCAUGCUAAUGCUCGGGAUACAGAACGUCGGAUUCGGUAACGAGUACGACUACCUCUACUUGCCAUGCGACUACACUUCAAAAGAAAGCCAUGGGAUCGCAUUCAUCAACAUUGCAUCCAGGGGAGCAGCUCGGAGAUUCGUCGAAUCUUUGGGCGACCUGGACUUGGCGAUCCGCGGCGUGUCAGGCAGCCCCUUAUUGCGAGUAGUAUCUGCAAAGACGCAAGGUUUGGCGAACAACUUGCUGAAGUGGUGCCGCCGGCACUCCACUCGCACCGUGGACCCCGAGAUGCAGCCGUUCGUGCGGGCGUUGAAGGAGAUGGGGUUAGGCCACCCUUCCGACCCACUGCUCCUGCAGAGCCCCCCGAGCGGCGCGGUGCCCCACCCCGAGUUCGGGCCCGGCGGACGGCGGACGGCCCCGAGCCACAUCAGCCGACCGACCGCCGCUCGCGAGGCCACGGCGGAGGCAGCGGCCGCCGCCGCACUGCUGGGCACCACGACGGCCUGCGCGGUGCUCGCUGCCCCCGAGCUCGAGCCCAGCCUCUGGAUGGCGCCCCUGGCCACGGCGCGCGGCGCCAGCCAGGCCGCGGCGGCCACCGCCGGCCGGGCCGCCGGUGCCCUGAGGGCGCUGCCCGGCGUCCGCGCCUCGGGCCCGGCGGCGCCCGCCUCGAUCACGGGGUGCUGCGCGUGGGAGCGCCCGACGCGUGGGGCCCCGGCAGCGGCUCGGUCGGUGCUGGGGCGCUGCUGCGUGUGA